UUUCUGUCAUGAGGGAUCGGCGCGAAAGUGCGGCUUAUAACGUGAAGCUGAGGCCGCCGCCUGCGUAAUCAGGGUGCGGAAUCAGGGUGUAGCAAGAUGGUGGCGCCCAGUAACUUGCAGUCUCUGCUGCUGCAGAGCCCACUGGAGGGCGCCCUGCUGGAGGCUCUGAGCCGGGAGGAGAAGGAGAGGCUGGUACUGGAGUACCUGGGGAAGGUGAAUGGCCAGGCUGCGGAGCUCAGAGCCCCCGAGUUCUCUCCAGGGUUAGAGUGGCUGAACACGGAAGGACCAAUUUCCCUACACGGAGAUCUAUGCGGGAAAGUGACAUUGCUGGACUUCUUCACCUACUGUUGUAUAAACUGUAUGCACAUUCUUCCUGACCUGCAUGCCCUGGAGCAGCAGUACUCUGAUACAGACGGCCUUGUAAUUAUUGGGGUGCACUCAGCGAAGUUUCCAAACGAACGGGUUUUGGAUAAUAUUAAGAGCGCGGUUCUGAGAUACAACAUCAGCCAUCCCGUGGUGAAUGAUGCCGAUGCCACCUUAUGGCAGGAGCUACAGGUCUCUUGCUGGCCCACACUGGUCCUGCUUGGCCCCCAGGGCAACCUCCUGUUCUCUCUGGUUGGGGAAGGGCACAAAGAGAACCUAUUCCUCUUCACUUCCAUGGCAUUAAAGUUCUACAAAGAGAGAAAUGAAAUCCAGUCUGGCCAAAUUCCACGCCAACUCUACAGGAACUCGCUGCCUGAAUCUCCGCUCCUUUUCCCUGGUAAGGUGGCGGUAGACGUGGCCGGUGGCAGGCUGGUUAUCGCUGAUACGGGGCAUCACAGGAUUCUGGUCGUGACCACAGAUGGCAGAGUCCUUCACACUGUUGGAGGAUGUGAGAGCGGCUGGAAAGAUGGAAGUUUCUCGGAAAGCUCCUUUCACUCCCCUCAAGGUGUGGCUAUUGCGGGCAGUGUCGUCUAUGUGGCCGACACGGAGAACCAUCUGAUUAGGAAGGUUGAUCUGGAAACGUUUAGAGUGAGCACGGUGGCCGGGAUAGGAAGUCAAGGCGUUGACAAGGAGGGCGGAGCUCAAGGAGAGGCGCAACCAAUCAGCUCUCCCUGGGAUGUCACAUAUGGGGACUCGGGGGUGCUGUGGAUAGCGAUGGCAGGGACGCAUCAGAUCUGGGCACUGUUAUUAGAAGAGGGGACCCUGCCCAAGGGAAGUGGCCUUCCUAAAGGAACAUGUGUUCGGUUUGCUGGGAGUGGAAAUGAGGAAAACAGGAAUAAUUCGUAUCCACAUAAAGCUGGAUUUGCUCAGCCCUCCGGACUGACCCUGUGCACCGCUGAGCCUUGGAACUGCCUCUUUGUGGCAGACAGUGAAAGCAGCACCAUCCGAAGUGUUUCUCUGAAGGACGGAGCCGUCAAGCACAUGGUGGGGGGAGAGCGCGAUCCGAUGAACCUGUUUGCCUUUGGUGAUGUUGAUGGGGUUGGAAUUAAUGGGAAGCUUCAACACCCACUGGGAGUUUCCUGGGACUGGCAGAGGAAUCUCCUGUAUGUAGCAGAUUCAUAUAACCACAAGAUCAAAGUUGUGGAUCCAAAAGCCAAGAGCUGUGUUACAUUGGCUGGUAUCGGGCAAGCCGGGAACCUGACCGGGAUAAGUUUUCUGGAGGCGUCCUUCAACGAGCCUGGUGGCCUCUGCCUCGGGGGAGAUGGACAUCUGUUGUAUGUUGCCGACACAAAUAAUCAUCACAUUAAGGUCCUGGAUUUGGAGACCAAAACGGUCUCUGUGCUUCCUAUACUUACCAGAGAAGAGACGGAUGUGGUUGACAGUACGUUGCCAUUGAAGAUUACCACUCCAAAGUUGCCUAAAUCUGCACCCAUUGUCAAGCUGGAAACCUUAAUUGUACCACCCAGCAAAACUCUACAGUUUAUACUGAACAUCAAGCUUCCCGCAGGGUCAAAGUUGACCGUAGGAGCCCCAAGUUUCUGGUUUCUUUUCACAGAAGGCCACGACUGGCUCCUUGCUGGACAGAAAACAUACGGGGAGAUUGUGAGUCUGUCUGACCCCAGCCAGAUAGAGGUGCACAUGCCUCGGGAGGGUCCGUCUCCUGACGCUGUGCUGAAGAUCGGCGUGUGUGUGUAUUACUGCGCCGAGGACAGCAGUGUGUGUAUGAUGAAGUCUGUCGCCUUCUCUCAGCCACUACGCCUGACGGCCGAAGCAACAAGCAGCCCAGGUCCACGUCCUCUCGCCUACUCCUUUCAGGGCUAGCGCAGACAGACUGUCGCAGGAGUGUGUAGCUUGGUCACUGGCCUGCCAGCCGCCUCCUGUCACUGAUUAUUGUGCUGCAGGGUAGUCCUUUUCCCAAAGGCCUCCCCAAUAUGUGCCUCCAGUGAGGCAGCUGUGUGCCCACUAUACCUAAUUUAUAUCCAUAUGCCGCCAGGUUCCAAAUUCCUCAGUGGUUUACAGAUUAUUUUUUUUAAUAGAGUGGCUUUUACUAGCUACGUCCAGGGGUUAUUCAUUGCAAAUGUCUAUUAUAUACUGAGUGGAACACUGUACUGUGCUGCCUUUUCCCCCUGGAAUACACACACAGCACUUAUUAUAAUCUCGUCGCACAAAGGCCUUAAGAAACUGUUGCCAGUCACUCAGGAGGCGGCCAUUUUGUGAAAAUUGGAUCUCACAGCAGCUCAUCCCUCAGUGAUGUCACUACUUCCUAAUGUGUUGAUAGGCCGCAAUCUCAAUGGGCUUGCUGGUCACACCCACAAAAUGGCAGCCUCCAGUGAUGUGCAGGCGACAGGUGCACUUUAAUGUUCUGUCAUACCAAACCGUAAUAGCAAUAAUACUCAGAUACCGUCUACUUCUGUUGUCCAGUUUGUGUAUUGUUCCGGAACACGAGCCCGCCGUGCACCAUCUUACCGUGUGACAAUGAACCAUUAAACCAGUGAUGGGGAACCUUUGGCACUCCAGCUGUUGUUGAACUACACAUCCCAGCAUGCCCUGCUACAGUUU